AUGGAGCACCGCAACCCAAAUCAUCGUCUUCCUCGAUCUACUUCUCGCAUGGUGGCGAAUACGCACACUCCUCCAAGGGCUCAUCCGUUACGCAAUGUCACAACAAUCAAUGCGGGGAAUGAGAUGAGCGGCUAUUAUGGGCCACAACAGUAUCCCCAAGUGUAUUGGCAAUAUCCCACUGCCCAUUACCCAGGUAUUCCAGUCGCACCAAUAUUGCACCAUCCACAGAUGGCGGUAGUCCCCGUGGUGCCUCAUCUGAAUAUGCAACCGAGUCAGAGCAUUCCACGCGUUAUGGGGCCGGAGGACAUCAGCCCUGCUAAACAAGAGGAAAAGCUUAUGUACCGUGAAAGGCAAUGCAAUAUUGAGGCUGCUCUCAAUAUUCCCCUUUUUCCAAUUAGCCCUCUGAAUCCAGACUACCCUAGGCAUACGGCGAAUUUUGGUUUCACCCACUAUGGCUCUGGUCAUGUUCACCCUUCACAUUUUGGAGGCGUAUACAGCACUAUGUAUCCGACGGGUCAGUAUUUCGUUCCUCACUAUAACGACCAAUCUCUGGCAAGUCCGCAUGCACAUACACCGCUUCAGGAGGAAAAUACUCGCCGAUAUUCCCAGGAGGGUUCCCCAUUAACACCUUCAAAACGCAAAGCAUCAGGCUCAGCUCGUCGGCGGGCAAAAGCCGCGACAUCGGAAAAUAAGUUGGUCCAGAGCAACAAGGCCGGAAAUUCCCCCAAUCCUGCUAGGCGCCUCACAACAGAACCCACAGUAAAGUCUACAUUGCACAUAAAGUCAUCUUUGGGCUCUCUUCAAGAUCCAUUUGUUACCCACCCUAAUCCUCACGCUUGUGAACCUCAAGAGCAACCUAGACAGGCAAUGACCCUGUGUGAGGUACCCAGGCACAACCCCAUUGAAUAUAUGGCGAAUCCACAUCAGGGGAAUUCUUUCCAGCAUAGCGAAGGGAUCGUUCCCAAUGAGCCAAGGACACAUCAGCAGCCUGGGAUGGCGCGAGCGCCGAUGCCGGUAAGCUUGAUGAACCCCGUUGGAUUUAACACGACUCAAAUUCCCCAGGCGCAGGGAGAGAGCGGCCAAUAUAAUCCUCCUGAAAGCUUCACACCGUGGUCGGCUGCACCAGGCGGACCUAUUAAUCUCGCAACCCAAGGAGCCCCAAAUCGAAGAGUCGCCCAUCCAGAACGAAUGAUACCACAACCCGUCCCUGGCAUCCUUAACUCAGAACUUCUUGCAGGCAUUCCUAGGCCUGACAAUAGUCACAGAGUGGCCUCAACCCUUGCUUGGUUUCAUACAGAUAACCGUGGCGAAGAGCAUCACCGUCAUCAAGUCGACAGAAUUGCCAACGAGGAUCGUGAGCGGCGUAAUAGAGAAUUGGCCGAGCGUGGACUACCGCCAGUCACUAACAUCCGAGCCGAGGCAAGCAACUACCUCCUUGGACACCUUGCCGUCAACCUUCAAUCAUACCUUGUCGGUAACAGGACCGAGCAGGCCAGAAACUUCGCGAACUGGGGACCAGUGCCGCAACAAGCCAUAGAAACCAACAAAGGGUGGACUUCCUCCUAUUUUGGCAAUAUUGGAUCUCCACCUUCAAAGGAUGCAGAGAAUAUCCAGGAUGAUAUGGAGAAGUGA